AUGAGUUACCAGAGCUUGGGCGAUAACAAUCAGGGGGGCUACGGCCAGUACAAUCCCUAUGGCGCUCAGCAGAACCCAUACGGCGCGCAGGAAACCCCUUACGGUGGUCAACCGCAGCAGAGCUACGGCUACGGCCACGCUAAUGCCAUGGAGCAGGGCAACGGCGGUUAUGAGAUGUCCAAUGUGCCCGACAAGAACGCGCUUCUGACUAAGAUCAAUGAGUUGAAGCAGGGAAUUGAGGACGUCAAGAGGAAGCGCCAGACCCAACUCCGUGCGGCCCAGGCGGCCCUGCUGGAAUCCAACACCAGCAAGGAAGACCAGGUGACGCGCCAGAACGUUGACUACAUCGAGGACGAAAUCAACACCGCUCUCCGCUACCUGCGCGACCAGUUGAAGCGCCUCAAGGACACCCCUGGCUGCGGCGCUCCUGGCCCGGCCGAGCACUACACCAUUGCCAAGAAGAGCCUACAGGAUGAGAUCACGGCCUACCAGGGCGAUCAGUCGAACUUCCACAAGCGCCUGGAGGAGCAGGUGCGCCGCCGAUACCAAAUGGCCAACCCCGAGGCUACCCCAGACCAGCUGGAGGCUGGUGUCCAAGCUGUGAUGCAGGGCCAAGAGCAGGCGUUUAUGACCCCUGGCACCCGUUCUCGCCAGGCCAACGAUGCCCGCCAGGCAACCAUGGCGCGUUCCGCCGCCAUCCGAAAGAUCGAGAGCGACAUGCGCGACCUGGCUCAACUGUUCACCGACGUCCAGGAACUCGUCAUCCAGCAGGAGCCCGCGGUCACCCAGAUCAACCAGGGUGCAGAGGAGACCCACCGCAAUGUCCAGCAGGCUAACACCAAGCUGGACAGUGCCAUCACCAGCGCCCGCAACGCCCGUCGCUGGAAGUGGUAUGCGCUGAUCAUUAUUCUCAUCAUCAUUGCCAUCAUUGUCGGUGUCGCGGUCGGUGUUACCCAGGCCAACAAGUAA